UACAUUCAUUGUUUUUCAAUAGUCAACACCUUCCUACUUUUCGUAUUCAAAAAGAAAUAAGCAGAGAAAGUUGAGUUCAAAGCACUCUUGAGGCAAGUUUGUGAAAAGGAAAGCAAAAAAAGAAUUUUUGCGAAGCAAAUAAUUAGAAAAUUAGUAAAAGAAAUGGAAGGAAAUGCCGCUGAACAAAGUGCCUCCUCCACAAUAGGGGAAAUCACAGCAGAAACAGUAGUACCUGGUUAUGGUUUGGCUGAAGUUUCGUCAGGAAAAGUGGCGGGGACUAGUGUUAAUGAGCCAACGAGAAAAGUGAUAAGUAAAGUAGUUGCAAGCGCGGUGAAGAACGAGGCUUGUAUUAAAAUGUCGUUUAUGAAUAACGCGGUCGCGGAUACGGAGGAACCACCACCAACAAAGCGUCUAAGAGAGCAAUUAGAAGGUACAAAGCGAAAAGAUACUGAAGAAGAGGAUGAAAAUACCUUAGAAAAUGUUUCCACGACGUCAGUGGCCGGUUCCAUUUCAGAAGGGAAUCGACAUAAUUUGCAAGCUAACAAUUUUUUGUUGAAUGAGACAACUCCAACGAGUCCUUUCCCGCGAAAGUUCCGACGUAUUCCCAUUUUUAUAGUCGAUUAUCACAAUGAUGUGUUGGAAUUUAUAUACCGCUGCUUGGCUACGCGUCACUUGCCAAUGUCAAAUAAUAUCAUAAUACAUUUCGAUUCACAUCCUGACAUGGUCAUAUCGCGCCAUAUUCCCGCCAGUGCUUCCUUCGAUAAGGAAACUAUGUUAAACGAUCUUAGCAUUGAAAAUUGGUUAAUGCCAACUUGUUAUGCAGGUCACUUUAAUCGUAUUGUGUGGCUGAAGAACUCUUGGUGUCAACAAAUGCCUGUAGGUAAAUACAACUUCAAAAUUGGACAAAAAUUACAAAGAAUAAAAGUGGAUUUACAACUCGAUUACUUUGUAUCCGAGGGUAACUAUUGUGAUAAGAAAGAAUUAGAAAAUGCUCGUGACAUGGAACUACAAGUUAUUAACGUAGACACUGCUACUGAAGACACGCCAAUUGAUACAGCGCAAUUUAUAAAAGCCACAGAUGCACCAAAUUUUGUUUUGGACAUUGAUUUGGAUUUCUUUAGCACCUCUAAUCCAUUUAUAGAUGUCUAUAGAGAAGCAAAUUGUUACGAACAACUCAACCAUAUUUUCUACUUUGAAUCAGAUUCUAAAGAUUUGGACGUGACUAACGAGCGUCGCCAAUUGCAGCUGGAAAUGCUUAAAGACAUAUUUGAGCAUUUGGAGAACGUAAGAUCAUUGGAUGGUCUUCCACCACCAGAUGAGCCCAGUAUAAUUACGCAAGAGACUUUAACACGCAUUCAAAAUCUCAUGAUAUCAAUGCACCAAUACUACCCAGACAAUGAGAUCGAUUGGUUGCUCAUCUAUGAUGCGGGAAGCACUACAGACCACAAUGGUCUGCCACAUCAUGUCAGUACACCGCCAGAGUUAGAACAAUAUUUCGCAAAAUUUAAGAAUGUUAUACAAAAUUUGCCUGUGCCACCGGUGCUAAUUACAAUGGCUUGCUCGGCCGAGGAUGAUUACUGUCCCAAAGAACAAGUGGAGUUUAUUCAAGAACGUGUGCUGGACGUACUGCAUGAAGUGUUUGGCGAGCGUUUACAUGAUACGCCCAUACGCUAUUACUUAGACGAAGAAUGGGAUAUAAUGAAACUAUAAUUCGGUGGCUUUGACAACAUCGGCCACUCGUAUUUUAGUUAGCAUCGUUUUUUUGUUUGUUUUUUAAUUGCAGUUAGCUAAGUUAACAUUAUUCGACUCACAUCAAGUCGGCUCCACUAAAUUACAGUAUGCUUUUUACCACUGUUUUAUUAGCAAUUAUUCGCUAUUUUCAUUUAGAUGGGUUGCUAUUAAGUGCCUAGAAUUUGGUCGUAUUUUGAGUGGCAAGAUUUCGCUUAUAGAGUAACUGCGGGUAUUGUGGUAUACCCAUUUUAUUUUCGUCUAUAAAAUCGUUAAAUUUUAUUUGAUUUGAAUGAAAAUUUAUCAAUAAUAUGCUACCGUUAUUAAGUUCAAAUAAACCCAGCUUCAAAAGCCUUAGAGCCGCGAGUUUCAGAAAUAUUUAAGAAAGUACUGCAAAAGACGGAAACAAGCCCUUGAAGAAAUUGGCGGGUAAUGUGGUAUACCUUAUUCUGGUAAUGUGGUGGAGAUAUUUCCCAGGGAGUACCGAGUCCUCGGCUUGUGCUUGCUUCUAUAAACAAAUUAAAUAGCGUUCCUAAAAUUUCCAUAGAUUUUAUUUCGAAACUUACGAAUUUCAGGCUCAAUUUCCAUGGCUGAUGCGCUUGGGGUUUCUUCUGUCGUUGAAUUUAUAGUUUCAACUGGAUCCUCUGAGAAGACAAUAUAUCUAAUAUAGCAAGAUUUUUUUAUAUUUAAAACUGAAUUGUACCUGAUGAUGAUGAGUUCCCAGCUAUAAAAUCUGCAUCUGUGAAAAUAUGUUUGUCAAACGGAUAAAUCCCCGUGGCUUUAAAACCAUUUAUUGCCAUUUGUCCAGUUUGAACCCUCAAAUAAGCCUUAGUAAAUAGUCCUGCGAUAUCAAAAUGUGUAACUUUUCUGCCCUGUUCACGCAUAAAUCGUCUUAUUUCGUCAUUAUAGUACUUCUUAAAAGGUCCCAUAAAAGCCUUAUCCAACGGUUGAAGUUUGUGUGUUGAAUGGGGUGGCAAAGAAAUUAUAGUCACAUUGUGUUCGCGAGCUAGAUCAAUAACUUCUAUAUUGCGUGUGUGGCUAUAAUGCCCAUCUAAUAUAAGAAGCAGAGGUUCAGACGGAGAUGGUUUCGUUACGCUUAAAAAAUGCCUGAACCAUUUCGUGAAGAUGGGAAUCUGAACCCAUCCAGACAAAUGGCACGCCGAGUUUGAACCAGGAGGAGCGUCUUUCAUUAGAAGAGGGUUAUGGUUUUUUCGUGGAAAGAUGAAAAAUGGUGGUACGAAACCACCUCCUGCGCUCAUGCAAGUGAUGACUGUAACAAGCGAUCCUCGCUCAGCUGAAGUCAUUGUUCCAAUCUGUUUUUUUCCUUUCCGAGCGAUUAUUUGUGCCUGUUGCGAAGGAACUACUGAUAUUUCGGUUUCGUCAACGUUCCAGAUACGAGAAGGCGGAAAAUUAUGUUUUGCGUUUUCUUCUUCCAGCAAUUUGAAAAAUAUAUCAACAUUUUCUCGAGAAAAACCACGGUCGACGCUUGUUCCAGUUGGCUUUCGAAAACUCAGAACAUUUCGGUGUCGGUUACAGAAGCCUUUUAGCCAAUCCUUGCCAGUGCACUCUUUAAUAACGGAGAACUUAUUGGGUAUGUUGUUUUUUGUGGCAAUUUGAUAACACAAUGACCGCACGUCUGCGCGUGUUAGUCCCCAGUACCUUGACUCCAUUUCUAGUAAAUAUUAAACUAAGUCAUUUUCAAUUUCCGCUGUUAAAAUCGGAGCCCGGCCAAGUUUAGUUGUCAACAGCUCCUCGAUGGAUUUCUCGCUUCUUGCCAUGCGCUGCAGAGUGGUAUGGGGGACACUAAAUGUCUUGGAAGCCAAGAGAAUACCCAUUUCACCUUUUCUAACCGCUUGGAUAGCUUUUUUCAUAUCCUCUGCUUUCCAUUUUGGUAUUUCACCUUUCUUCGGCAAUUUUUUGAUCGAGAGGGUAAUAUGGUACACUAUACCACUUUAGCCGCCUUUACCUAUCCCACAAUAGCCGCAUUAGAGUUUGAACAAAUUAAUUUUGAAUAAUUAAAUAUCGACCAAAUAUACAAAAAUAUUGCUUAUAUGCUUCACUAGUAUUAAACUCACUUAUUACUUCCCGAUGGAUAAAUACAGUUUAAAGCACAGGAUUUUAAUUUGCCAGAAAUUUUCCACUGAGCACAAAAAAAUGUCAACCACACGACCACGCGAUUUUUUUACAACUGACUCAUUGUAUGCUUUGCAAAACACAAAUCAAAUCACGCGUUCUUAAGAUUCUGAGAAUGCCGAAAUAUCUAACUUGGUCCCGUUAUUUCCACGACUUUAGUUUUCGAAUAAAGCUGCUAUACCACAUUACCCGCCUAUACCACAAUAUCCGCAGUUACCCUAUAUAAGAUUCGUGAAAAUCGGCCUAGGGCUGCAAGUGCGCGACUAUUUAAUAAUCAUUCUGCUAUUCAUUUGUAAUCAUGUAAAUAUUGCAUUGUAUUUUUAUUUUAGAAUUUCUAAGUUAAAAAAAAUGUAAACACUUCUUUCAUUUCA